AUGGUGGACUCCAACGAUUCUGCGGACAACGAGAUCGACCUGAAGCUCCUGAAGCUGAGCGAGCAGACCGGCUACGAGAUCUCGCAGCAGAAUGCCCAGCGGAUCCUGGGCCCUCCGGCCGUCUGGAACAGACCGAUCCCGACCAAGAACAGCGAGGUCUUCGUCGGGAAGAUCCCCAAGGACUGCUACGAGGAUGAGCUGUACCCGUUCUUCUCGGAGGUCGGACCCGUCUACAUGAUCCGGCUCAUGAUGGACCAUAACCAACUCAACAAGGGCUACGGCUUCGUCACGUAUCCCGACUUCGAGACGGCGCAGAAAGCUGUGCUCCUCCUGGACAAACGGGAGAUCCGCCCAGGGAUGAAGCUCGUCGUCAUGCUGAGUACUAAUCAUUGUCGGCUGCUGCUACAUAACCUGAACCUGCCACUCGCAGCCAGCGAUUACUUAAAAGAAGAAAUUCUGGGGUGUGACGUGACAGGGUUGACCUCCGUGGAAAUUCGACCGUACGAGAACUCGCACAGCCAGUACAACUACGCCCGGCUGGAGUUCAGUUCUCACAGGGACGCUGCCCUCGCCCGCAGGAGGCUCCUGCCCGAGUGUCAAGGGAAAUGGGGCAAAGACGCCCACCUCCAAUGGGCUCCGAUCGAACUCGCCGAUUUCCCGCAGCACAACAAGCUCCGAUAUAAUCAACAUCUCGUCCCACUGGGCGACGUCAUGCCGGAAUCACACGCUGAAUUUGGCAGAAUGGCAGCUGAUUAUGGAAGUCAACAGUCAUCGCUCAACGGCUGA